CCCGAUGGCUCCCUUAGGUGAAGUUGGGAACUAUUUUGGCGUGCAAGAUGCGGUACCCUUUGGGAACGUUCCCGUGUUGCCGGCGGACAGCCCAGUGUUGUUAAGUGACCACCUGGGGCAGUCUGAAGCAGGUGGGCUCCCCAGGGGGUCUGCCGUGACGGACCUGGAUCAUUUAAAAGGGAUCCUGAGGAGGAGGCAACUCUACUGCAGGACUGGAUUUCAUUUAGAGAUUUUCCCCAAUGGUACGAUCCAAGGAACCAGGCAAGACCACAGCAGAUUUGGUAUCCUGGAAUUUAUCAGUAUAGCAGUGGGCCUGGUCAGCAUCCGAGGGGUAGACAGUGGACUUUAUCUGGGAAUGAAUGAGAAAGGUGAACUAUAUGGCUCGGAAAAGUUAUCCCAGGAGUGUGUGUUCAGAGAACAAUUUGAAGAGAACUGGUAUAACACAUAUUCAUCGAACCUAUAUAAACAUGUGGACACUGGAAGACGAUAUUAUGUUGCAUUAAAUAAAGACGGGACUCCACGAGAAGGGACUAGGACUAAACGGCAUCAAAAGUUCACACAUUUUUUACCUAGACCAGUGGACCCCGAGAAAGUCCCUGAACUAUAUAAGGAUAUUUUAAGCCAAAGUUGACAAAGACGUUUCCUUCACUUGAGCCCUUAAAAAAAAAAAAAAAGUAACCACUAUAAAGGUUUCAUGCGGUGGAUUCUUAAUUGAUUAGCUGUGUCAUCACAUCAGCUCCACUGUUGCCAAACUUUGUCGCAUGCAUAAUGUAUGAUGGAGGCUUGGAUGGAAAAUGCUGAUUUUGCUCUGCACUUAAAAGGGUUUGUCUUCCUGGAGGAGAGCCUGUGCCCACUUGCUUGAUUUUAUUGUGAGAGAAGGAAGGAAAAGAGUGAGAAUGUGUGAGAGUGAGCGAGAGGGUGAAAGAGAGCUGAAGCAAGAAGGAAGGGGGGGAAGGCCUGAUGCAUGCUGGGAAAUAGAGACGCUUUUAAAUUUUUUGAUCCGUUGUACUUCAUCC